AUGUCUUCGCAACGGCCACCUCCAAGUGAGCAUUCCCCGUCAAUUGCAACACUUCUCUACUCCCUGAGCCAGGUCUUCAACAGAGGCCGCAUAACUACUCGCAAUCUGGAAAUCAGCAUCACGCAACUACAAUCAGAAAUCCAACAACAAAGAUCACAAAUCGAACAACUGCAAAACGAACUGAGUCGAUGCAAACAACAAGUCUUCCAACAUAUCAGCACCUCCCAAGUGAGCGACCGCUGGGUCUCAUCAGAGCUGAUAGCUAUUCACGAGGGCCUAUUCAACUGGAUCGGCGGGCUCCCGGAGAUCAAUGCCUUUGCCAAAACCUGGCCACGGGUUCACGCGCAACUGCUUGGACAUGAUGUUUCUGGCUGUUGCGAAUUGCUAUCAUUGUCCCCGGAGAAUGUUCGCGAAGCAAUGACAGAAAUACUAGUGUCCGACGUCUUCGCAUUCUUAUGGGACUGUUGCUUCUUUCCUUUUCUGGGCUUCCUUCACGGUACUCUUGGGUCUGAUCUCAAUUUCAUCAUGGACCAAAUGGCUGCUCAGAGGACACAGAAGGAGGUCCAACUUGGGAUGAGAAGUGCCGUUCACUUUGUUCGCGAGUCCCUCGCACGAUUUCGGUUUCGUAAUGAGAUUGAUUGGCCCGAGCAACUGAUCAGACUCCAGGACUACGUCUUGAACCCUACAGCAGAUCUUGCUAUGAAGAUGAAAUGCUCACCCGAUGAGUAUAGCUAG